CACUCACUGUAGUGAUCCGUCAGCGUAGCAGUUGAUAGUAUUGCAACUAAUUUUGCGACCAUAAUGUGAGUGUAUCACGAUAACAGAAAGGUCAAGGCCAAGCAUUGACAACAGUUUUGUGUACAACAUCAAAGAUUGUAUAAAUCAGAUGAAAUAAUGAAAAAUGUGGUAUAUGAUGACAAUUAUAGGCAAAAUUGGUCUAUGUUAACCGAUCACAGAUACACUGGUGCGCUUAUCAACACAAUGCGUUACUUGCGACUUUUGUAUUGGAAGCUUUUCUAAUUUACAAGGAAAGUCGUCAUUUCUGAACACUCGGUAGAUGAAACGACCAAUUAGUGACAAUCACAUAGUUUUCGACAAUCACCUGAUUGUUGAUACAACUGCUCCUACAACUUCAAGAAGCUCGGAAAGCGCCAAGGAUUGCAGAAAACGAAAAGCCCUUCGCAUCCAAUAUCUAGCUGAAAGUGUACGAUUGCGUGAGCUUACUGUUAUAAAAAUGAAACGUGAUAUUGACAAAUUACUCGAGUUGUGUCAGUAUAUAGACCAAGGAGAUGUACCAGUGUCACUUUUGGAAAAGUGUGGGAUAUCAGUAUAAAAUACCAAAUAUUUAUCAAUGUUGCAUGCAUAUAAUCCGCUGGAAUCUUUUAGCUUAUAUUAUUUCGACAUCCAUGUUAUUCGCCCUCUAUUUCAUUUUGAUACACUUUAAUGUAUAUUUUCUGAUUAUUUAUAUUUACAUUUACAUUUAUACCAUCUGCUUUGAAUUAACUUUUAGAACGUCUAACUAUAGAGGUAUUUGUAAUUAAUAAAUCUCCAUUUCUCAGUGAUAAUAAUAAACUGACGAUUAUGCACCAUAUGAAUGAAUGUAAUAUUCCUUAUCUACAGUUUCACUUAACUUUUGUUCAUUUUUAUUGGAAAUUCUAAAUUGUUUAUGGUGUGAAUCGAUAUUAUAAAUCAUUGAUUAAAAAUUUAUACUUAGUGAUAUAUUACGAUUAUAUGCAUCCUAGCUAUUGUUCUAUGAGAUUUUAAAUACCGGUUAUCACUUGCACUACAAUGUAUAUUUGAACACAAAUCUACCUUAUUGAGACCCAAGUUUAUUCAUGAAGGAUAAUCCUAAAGUACCUCAAAUAAAUCCAG